AGUGGACUAUACAGGCAGUACAGAAGAUAUAAUUAUUUCAAGCAGUUAGGAUGAAGAUUUAUUAUUAUUUUCAUUGAUGAAAUUUUGUUAACAAGUCGUCAAAGAAAACAUUGCAUCAAAGAUUUGAAGAUCUGCAAAUUUAUGAAUUGUUGUUUUGAUUGAACUUUUUUAAUAAACUUUUUCAAUAAAAAAAUCGCACUCAGUGCGCACUAGUGCAGGCUAUCGAAUUCGUAGUUAGAGCGCGUUGGGGCAUGCGACGCGAACAAACUUUAUAAAUGCACCGAACCACUUGUUGAGUUAUAUCAGCGGAUAUAUAUUUUGUGUGUACUACGUGUUGUAUAUAAUAUAUAAAUCUUAGUUUAUGUUUGUAUCAUUCAGUGAUUUAUUUUUCUUAUUUUUGAAUAAACUUAAUACAUAGUUUCACUACUUGGAGCAGAUAAUUUUUAUAUAGUUUUUCUACAUAUUAUUUUCACUUCUCUCUCUCUCUCUUUUAAGUUAUGCCUAUUUCUGCCGAACUGCAGUUGCUCACUGCUAUUGGAGAAGUACACGUUAAUGAGCCAGUGAUAAAUAAAUGUAAGCGACAGAUAGAAUAUCUUGCGACAACAAUAACAGGAGAGAACAAAACAGCAUGGCUAUUGAAGGCAAUAAACUUUAUUGAUUUAACCACUCUAAGUGGUGAUGAUACAGAGAAUAAUAUAGAAGACCUGUGCAAAAAGGCUACAAAACCCAUGAAUGAUAUUCCAAUCGAUUGGGAUAAACCACUACAUACAGCAGCUGUUUGUGUUUAUCCAUCUAGAGUGCCAGAUGUAAUAAAUGCGUUAAAAAAAUUAGAAAAAACAAAUAUGAUCAAAGUGGCUAGUGUGGCUGCUGGAUUUCCUUCUGGACAAUAUCCUUUGGAGACUCGAUUACAGGAAGUACGUUAUGCCAUGCAAUAUGGAGCACAGGAAAUAGAUAUCGUGAUCAACCGAUCGUUAGCCUUAAAGCAUGAUUGGUUAAAUCUUUAUCGCGAGCUGCAACUUAUUCGUAAUACUUGUGACGAAGGAAUUGAGAGAGAAGGAAAAAUAUGUUUGAAAGUUAUAUUAUCGACAGGAGAAUUGUUUAGCUUAAAAGAUGUGUAUAAAGCAUCUUUGGUAGCUAUGUUUGCUGGCGCUGAUUUUAUCAAAACAUCUACAGGAAAAGAGACUGUUAAUGCAACUCUUCCUGUGGGUAUUGUCAUGUGCAGAGCAAUUAAAGAAUUUCAAAGACUAACUGGUUUAAAGAUUGGCUUUAAACCUGCUGGUGGUAUUAAGACCACACGAGAUGUUCUACAAUGGAUGGUCUUAAUAAAGGAAGAAUUAGGAAACGAAUGGCUGUGCGACAAUCGUUAUUUUAGGAUCGGUGCAUCUAGUUUGCUCGACAAUAUUAUUUGUGAAAUUUGUAAUACCAAUAAGCUGGGUUCAAAUCUCGCCGUUGGAAAAGAGUAACAAACUGCGAGUCGGCAAGAAUGACGAGAAAUUGUUAAGGAGAAUAUAUUUAUUUUAAGGAAUCUACUGACAAAUUUAUUUUAAAGGAAAUAUAUUUUUUAAUAAUUAGAUUGUUAUGACAUUUUUUCGAUUAAAAUGCCACCAAAAACACUUUUAUAUAAAAUUAAAUUUCUUAUAAAAAACGCCUCUAACAGAAAAAUAAAUUUCGUUUCACCGAGUGAUCUGAAAUAAAAAUAAACUUUUUAAUAUGUAUAAGUUCGUGACAAGAAAUGUGCUACUAAUGUUAUACACCGAAUAUCGAAAAUAGCGGCCUUUCAAAUAUGAAAAUGUGAUUUUUGGCGGAGAUUUUUCUUGUUCUUUAAUAAAAACAAUUCUGUUGCAAAUAUUGCUUCGUAGCUCAUGCCAUAAAGAGACAUGAUUUUUACACGCGUGUAAGAUUUUAGAACAAUAUCUUUAAUUCUAGUUUCUACGGAAUUUGUUCUGUUACUUUGAAAGAUGUGAUUUCGAGAAAAACGCGUUUAAAAUUGAUGGAUUCCGCUUAUGUUACUUGCGUAUCGCUUUGCUUUACGGUCUGUAACUUUGUCAAUUCUUCUACUUUCGACUUGAAAUUGUGCAAAUAUAUUUCUCAAGGCUUUCUGAUUUUUGAAAUAUUGAAACACAAAAACCGACUUGAUCGGAAUACUCAUUCAGACCAAUGUACAAUAAAAGAUAUGUUUCCAUUUUUACACAAGAGUUGUAAUAAUUUUUUAUAAUAGUGUGUGUUGGAAGAAGUGCAAUAAAUAACGAUUAAUUUCAAACUAAAAAAUUGCAAUUUUAUACGUUUGUUAAACUUUACAGCGUAUUGUAACAUAGCAAUACGGCCACUUAAAAUAUAUAUUUAUAAACUUUAUUAUUUUAUAAGAAAUUACAAGAACAUCAUGUAGAAUUCAUUAAAGUAGUCGUGAUAUCUGUGUCUAAAUAUAUCAAUCAGUAAAUAGAUCCUGCGUACACAAACGACAUAGUAUAUAGAUGUGUAUAUAGAUAUAGUUUGCCAUUGCAACAUGCA